CACUGCUAUCGGGUGUGAUGAUAUGCUGCUGCAAUCCAACGGAAGUUCCACCCUUGGCGGCUGCUCGGUGUUUUGUGCUAACAAGAGUGAUGCCGGCUUCGGAGAUUGCAACUUCAAUGGUUGUUGCCAUCAAUAUCUCGACGGUAAUUGUGUUUAGUUUUGUUUUGAUCGCAAUCCAAGUGAAAAAAGUAAAUAUUUUAACAUUACAAUAACUCGUACUAACAGACUAACAGUCUCUUAUAAAUUUAUGUACAAUUAAGGAUUAAUUGAUUGUAUUCUCUAAUUAAUACAUGAUCUCAAUAUUUGAAAUAUUUCAAUUCCAUCUCAAUAUUUCAACCUAUCAUAUACUCCCUCCGUCCCAUGUUACUUGCACUGUUGCUUUUCGGCUCGUCACAAACUCCUUACACUAUUUAUAGUUUAAGUUUGAAUUAAUGCAUUUAAUUAAUAUGUUAGUUUAAGUUAAGAGGUCCUUUAUUAAGUGAUGUCUCAUUACACUUAAAAUUCUAAUUUUAUUACACGAAAAAAUCAAUCGCAAAUUUACGGCCUAAAAUGAAAAGUGCGAGUAACAAGGGACGGAGGGAGUACAUUCUAAUCUUAUUAUUUUGCAUGUCCCUACCUACUUUUUUUUUUUUUUUUGUGGUCUCCAAAUUCCCUAACUAUUUUAGGAGAGGAAGGACGUUUUUUGGAAGCAGAACUGAUUGACUUGAGCGGAAGAUCACAACGUAAAAAGCUUUUACCGUGCAGCUAUGCCUUUAUCCAGGAGAUGACAGAGAGGAAUGAAACUGUAUUCACAUAUCCUUUGUACUAUCUGAAUAACUCAACAGCAUUGUUAAAUGAUGACUGGGCAUCAGCAUCAAGGCCACCAGUAGUGCGCUUGGACUGGACCGUUGGGGCUGAGAACUGCAGUCGAGCUACGAAUUCCAGCACUUACGCAUGCCUAGACGAAAGGAGUGUUUGUGUUGAUUAUAACGAUUAUGAUACAGGAUACACAUGUAGCUGCGUGCAAGGGUUUGAGGGAAAUCCUUACCUACGUGGAGGAUGCCAAACAAUAAUUCCCUCUUCAAGUUCAAUUGCCAAACGUGGAUGCAUGGAUCAAUGUGGAAAAGUAUCGAUUCCAUUUCCAUUUGGUGUGGGUCCAAAUUGCUUCUUGGAGCCAUCUUUUGAAGUUGUUUGCAACAAGGACACCCACCCUGCCACACCCUUCCUCCAUCUUUUGAACGCUGAAAUCGUUGAGCUGAACUCAUCAAAAAUUAUUGUCAACUACAUGAACAUAUCUUCAAAUUGCUACAAUAGGUCAGGCUAUCAAGUUGGGUGGAGCUUGACAAUUGACUUGUUGAAAACGCCAUAUAGUUUAUCAGAUGACAACUGGAUCACCACCAUUGGCUGCAAUGUUAUGCUUAACGGGGUUAUUGGAGAAGACAAAAGAAGUUCUAUUCAAAGCAGUUGCACAGCCAUUUGCUCCGACAGUCUUGAGAUCUAUGAUGAUGGUGGAACUUACGCAGAUUGCGGCUAUGGACCAACAUCUUAUGCAGAUGAUGGUUGUUGCAGGGUACCAAUUCCAAGAGGUAUAACUUACCUUGAAUCAAAUUUGACUCAUCUCAGUGAACUGCCGACAAGUGCUAAUAUUUAUUGCAGUUACGCCUUCACAAAAUACGCUAAAAAAAUGAUUCAUAAUGGUCGUUAUUAUGAACAUAUUGAGGAAUUUUUGCUUACGAAUAACUCAGACAUGAUCCCACUAAUCAAUGCUCACCCGAUUGCGAGCAUGGCAUUGGAUUGGAGGAUCGAAAGGAUGAAUUGCAAAGAAGCACGGCAGGAUCUCGCUAACUUCAUAUGCAGAGAUAAUAGUGAUUGUGUUGAUUUUGAUGCUACGCUUGGAGGGUACCUCUGCAAUUGCUCCAAAGGAUACACAGGCAAUCCCUACCUCAGUCCAGGGUGCCAAGAUAUUGAUGAAUGCAAGGAUAAUUCAACUAAUACAUGCGUCUCAAAUUCAAUUUGCGAAAAUGUUCCGGGGACAUUUCACUGCUUGUGUCCGAAAGGUUAUAUUGGUGAUGGGAAAAAGGAUGGCACCAGUUGCAUUCCGCAGCCGCCUUCCAAAACCAAGAUCAAUAUCUUGAUAGGUAUAGGCUCUGGAUUGGGGUUUCUUCUUCUAGUUUCAGUGCUCUUUUGGUUGUAUAAGUUGUUGCGAAAGAGAAAGGAAAGAAUGGUAAAAGAUAAAUUCUUCAAGCGAAAUGGUGGUCUUCUCUUGCAACAACAGACCAAUGAAGGUGCACUUGGAAAAACAAAAGUUUUCCCUGCAAAAGAGUUGGAGGUGGCUACGGAUAACUUUAAUGGGAGCAGAAUUAUUGGACAAGGAGGGCAAGGCACUGUCUACAAAGGAAUGUUAUAUGAUGGUAAGAUUGUUGCGAUAAAAAAAUCAAAGUUGGUCGAGGUGAAUCAGUUGGAACAGUUUAUAAAUGAAGUGGUCAUACUAUCACAAAUCAAUCACAGGAAUGUGGUCAAACUAUUGGGGUGUUGUUUGGAGACUGAGGUUCCUCUUCUUGUGUAUGAAUUCAUGCCAAACGGGACACUUUUUGAUCUAAUUCAUGAUCCAAGUAGUGAAUUUCCAUGUACAUGGAACACGCGGUUGAAAAUCGCAGCAGACAUAGCAGGAGCAGUAGCGUACUUGCACUCUGCUUCUUCUGUGCCUAUCUAUCACAGGGAUAUUAAGUCUAGUAAUAUCCUCCUUGAUGAAAAGUAUGUUGUCAAAGUAUCAGAUUUUGGAACAUCGAGGUCUGUUGCUACAGAUCAGACUCACAUAACUACUCUGGUUAAAGGGACGUUUGGAUAUCUAGAUCCAGAAUAUUUUCGGUCGAGUCAAUUCACAGAGAAGAGCGAUGUUUAUAGUUUUGGAGUAGUUCUAGUUGAGCUUCUUACAGGGCAAAGGCCAAUAUCUCUUGAUAAAACAGAAGAGGAAAGAGGCCUAGCGACUCGGUUCCUUGUAUGCAUGGAAGAAGAAUGUAUGGAUACGAUUUUAGAUCCGCAGGUUUGGGAGCACGGAAGAAAGGAAGAGGUGACCCUAGUUGCAAAGCUGGCACAAAGAUGUUUACACUCGAAAGGGAGAAUGAGACCAACUAUGAAAGAAGUUGCCACUGAAUUGGAAAGUUUUAGGAUGUCUGAAAUGUCGAGUGGUGUUAAUGUUGUAUCAGAAGAUGUGAGAUCUUUGGAAGAUAUGUCUGCGAUGAUUUCAGACACUGAGUACACAUGGACCUACAGUUAUAAGAGUGCUUUCACAUCAUCAUCAGACACACAUCCGUUAGUGUUAUCUGACAGUGCAUCAUAAUAUAGACGCAUUUGUAGUAGACUCAAAUAAGAUGAUCAAGACUUGGUUCUAUGCAAUCUUUGAGAUUAUUUACAAUUGUUUUUAAGUUUUUUUUAUCAAAUGUUGUGGAUCUUUUAGAUUUGUGGUUUGUUCCUAGGGUAUUUAGUUACUUAAUUUUUUGUUAUUGUGUUGAAUCGAUGUUUAGAGCAUGUUUU